AUGGCACUGCACCAGUCUGGGUCUAUCAAGGGUCUGCCUCCGCGGCAGCUGCACCCAACCGGUGCUGAACCCACCCUUUCUCGGGGAACUACUGCCCAUUUCCAAGAUGCGAAGCUCGAGUCUGCCAGAGCUGGUUCAUCUCACCCUUCGCCAAGAACCCCUGUCCCACGAACAUAUACUCUUUGGAUCCACGAGGAGACGUUCUCCCGCGAGGAUGUUCUCUGCAACGUUCAAGCCCUGGGCGAUGUAGGAUUCAAGGUGGGACAGCUGGUUGAAGUAAUGCCUGCACAUGGCGAGCAAUUACUCUCUCACAGGAAGUCCGAAUCCGCCGGCACGUAUUUUCAUGAUGGCGCAUUUUUCUCGCGGAGAUCCCUGGGCCGUGGAACUAGCUCUUUGAAAUUCGCAUACGGCAGAGACCCGAAGAGGAGAAUUUCUGCGCGUUUUCUAUUUACCAUCAAGCCCUUUCCGCCCGAGGUGAAAUCCAGACACCCCAAUCUCCAAGUCUCCGUUUCCCACACCGUGGCCAAUGCCUUUGGCUUCAAGAACCGCAUGCAGGUCCAGAUCUCGCACAGAAAACCUGAGACGUGCACGGCAUCCCACGUGGAAUUGAUCUUUCGGGACCAGUUUCUUCUUCGUUCCGAUAUGUGGAGAUUGACCAUGUCGGAUCUUGUGGACCGGCCCAUCUACAAGGGCCAGAAAAUUCUUUUCAUGAAUAGCAUCAAGGCCACUGUAAAGUCUGUAUACAUCAGAGGCAAAAAGUCACUGUCUGCUUAUUUCUCCCCAAACACGAUUCCUAUCUUUCGAAGCGAAUCAGCGCGGUUUGUUCUUUUCAUUCAAAUGUCUAAGGAAAUGUGGGAUUUCGAUUCGGAGCCCACCGGCGACAUUCUGUUCAGCCGAGUGAUUAACAGCAUGUUGCCAGAAUUAUUCAAGCGGUGGGCGCGUAUCGAUGCUCAUCACCUAGUCACCAUCGUCCUCUUUACAAGAGUGCAAUAUGACCUUGAAGCUCUAGCUUCGGGACCCAGUGCUCUAAACAGCGCCUUUUUGAACCGCUCACCCGACGAUUCUUCACCGCACACUCAAGACUUUUAUCGUGUUGUGGUCAACGACAUGCCUAGUGGCCAGUGGACUACCAUUUUGGACACAUUGAAACAAGAAUUCCGUGUCUUCCUGCGAGAUGUCUCAAUACCUCCCCCAUAUUUCCCGGAGACGUCAAUUGCAGCGGAAGAUAUCCCUAGGUUUACCGAUUCCUUCCCCCCUAAAAUUGCUGGGUGCCCAACAUCUGCGGUCCGUGGUAAUAUCCUGGAGGCGAUUAACGUUGCAACAUCUUACCUCGCUUUCGAGCAUAUUGGUCGCGACCUGGUUAGAACAGGAACUUCAAUAGUUAUUAUUACUCCAGGAACGGGCGUAUUUGAGGUUCCGUUCAAGAUGUUGGCUUUGACUUCAGACGUACUUACUAGUCGAGCCAUAGGCAUUGACCUCAUUUGUCUUAGCCCUAUGCCGCUUCAUUCAGUUCCACUCUUCAAGUACAAGCUUCCUCGCAAUACAUCUCAUCAGCAUGGCGGCUCCAUUUCAAACCGACUACAUCAAAACGAGCAUCGUCGAAUGUCAAUCAGUUUAUCCACAGGUCGCCUUUCUCCUCUUGAUAGGCCGGGGAGCGCAUUUUCUGACCAGGCUCUCGAAAGUAUAGGAGGUACUGCUGAAGAAGACGAAUGGGGUUAUGGUAUUCCACAUUGGGUGGACAUCUCUUUUUGGGAUCCCAAGCUGGACCGGGCCAGUAGAGUCGCAUCAAAAAAAGGAUCUAUAGCUCUUCCAGCAAUGGCCACGUUUUCAAAACGGUCUCAACCUUUUGUUCCAAAGGUGAGGCUUUAUGAAAUACAGAUGAUGGGCGUCAUGGAGAGUGAACAGUCAAGCGUAUCCAUUCCUCCUAUGGCUUCUUCAACUCGCCACCAGAAACGUCCCAAUACCAUGAUCUCUCUUGGUACGUCUCUUGGCCACAGCCCAUCCCCAGAAUCAUCUUAUAGAUCACAUGGAGGUGACGGAUUCCGGCCUAAAUCGUACAUGUAUAACAUAAAAGAGUCUAAGAAGAGUAUGCUGCCACCGCAAGCCAAACAACGUACGAACCUCAUCGAAUGGAUGGAUGAGUAUGACCACUUAAUUUUCCAUCCGAAGGUACAGCAGCAGCGGCAACAACGCUCUGUGAAGCGGCCAAAAGGGAAACAGAUUACUGAGGUAGCUGAAAGUACCACUUUCAAGCCGCCGGAAAUCAAACGGAACAGGGACGUAAAUGAAAGAGAUGGCCAGUAUAUAUCCCCUUUUAGUCGACCUCGUAUCAAAUAUGACCGAAUUGACGAAGAAGCUCCUUCUCCGUCAACCAAAAUGACAGUCCCAUCACUCAUUGCAGAGAGGAGGUCCAGUAUCAAGCCGAGGCCUCGGUUGACCGUUCCGCGUAUUUCCAAAUCCAUUAGCUUUGCUUUACGUGGACUUGGUGCUGCUCCUCCAAGAGCACAGGCAAGGACUGAAAUAAAUGCCGAACAUGUCCAGGCUCUACCAACAACCGGUGGCAAAACUCCAGAGGACGCUACAUCCGAAGCUUCUGCUGUUGACACACCAAAAACAUCAUCUCCUCUUAACUCUGGAGCUACGACGCCCAGGUUCUGGAAUACUGUGGAUAAUAUUGCUGAGGAUAUUGAAAUAAUGACGCCAUCAAAGCCUAUUUCUAUUAAAAUUGCUCGACAGGUUGAUGAUGACAGUAGCAUCGAGCCGAUGCAUUUAGACGAAACCUUCUCCUCCCACACAGGUGAAAUGCGGCAUGAUUCGUUACAACACGAUAGUCAAGGGACACUGCCUGUCAAAAGAACAGGAAGGAGGUUGGACCUUCUCAGCAAUGGCGAGUCUUCUGCUACUUCAACAGUGUCUGCUGCAGAUGCACUGUCUCCUUGGAUACGCUCUGUCAAUCCCUGGAAUCCGCCAAAGCAUGCCCCUACUCGUGCAAGCUGGUUUGGACGCUGGCAUCAUGUCUAUCCCCGAAUGCCAAAAACGAUAUCCGUAAAGUGGAAGAGUUUAAAGUCGCCAGCGUCACUACCACUCACUACCGAGGAGCUACCUUCGGACGCGGAGCUUACUACGAACUUCCUUCAAAGUCCAUAUAGAGUUUAUCAAAAUGAAGAUCCUGGUUAUGAAACGCCUAAAACGAGAGAAAUGCUACUUCGAGAAAUGAUUGCCUUGAGGUUAUCUCACGGGUUCCAAAUAGUUGUUGGGAAACGAGUGGAAGAUCCAUCCACAGGCCUCGUCAAUAUCUUUGAUACUAAGACAUUGCCAAAAGAUGGUGCAACCAUUUUCAUGGUGAGAGGGAAUGUUAUUCACAGAAUCGUAUGCGCUGAAGGCGAAAUUGAAGUUACGAAGUUCAGCCGCCGAUUGCUGAAUGGAUUUCCCACCGACGAACUGGAUGACGCUUCGAUAAGUUAUAGUCCGGCUGUUAAAACCAUUUUGAGCGCCCAGUAUUGCAAAAAUACUAUCAUUUUGGGUGUACCUCCGGAAGAGUAUAAUUGGAAUUUAGCGGAUGCAUUUAUUGCCGGCCAUAGAGACCAUAUCACCAAUUCUAUCAAACAACUUCGAUUUUGGCGAACCAGAUUUGUCUUAAUACCUGUCCAGGUGCCCACAAAUGCGAGAAUGCAAAUCUCUUCAUAUCACGAGGACAAUGAAGAGGAAAUUCACCUUCUUGGAAUUUACAAGCUAACUCAAAUGUGGCAACGAUACAGAUACGUACCUCCAGAAGUCAAGCGGCUGAAGCCUGCUACCCUCAAAAGCAAAGACGAAAACCCUUUAAACAUCAUAUACCAAACAAGUGAUCCUUCAGUAGUUGUGGCUGCUGAGCUCGAUAGAUUACUUUUAGAAGAUCCUGGACUAGACAAUACACCUGCCCAGUUACUACCUGAUUCAGAGUUGCUCACAAGAUCGGACAUUACCCUUUCGUUCUUGUCCCAGAGAAUUCAAAGUAAGAAAGGGGUAAAAUUGAUGGAUAGAAGAUGGCACUGGCGUCUUCAUUACAAUUGCUUUGUUGGCAUGGAGUUCACAACUUGGCUUUUACUAAACUUUCGCGAUAUUGAUAGUAGGGAAGAGGCAGUCGAAUUUGGAAACGAGCUGAUGAAGCAUGGGUUGUUCAACCACGUUCAGCGGCGUCACGAUUUCAGAGAUGGCAAUUACUUCUAUCAGAUUUCAGACGAAUUUAGGAUACCUCGCCCAGAAUCAAGAGGUGGAUGGUUUCAGCCGCGCAAGACUGACAAAGCCAGUCCAAAUACCCCCGUGGGUGAAGGCAAAAAGCAAUCGCCAUCCAGCACCUAUACAAGGUCAGAUAAAAGUGUCGACGAUCUGGGUAAAGUCGACGUUACAAGCAAUCCAAGAUUAAACCGGCCUCGACCAUCAGUUUUCCUCGCGAAAUCCUUGAAAUAUAAUGUUGACCCACGCAACCGAUCGGAUCGACCGGAAAUCAUUGACCUCCAUUACGACAGGACUCAUAACCCGGAAAAUUGUUUCCAUAUCGAGCUAAGCUGGAUGAAUGCCACGCCUAAGCUUGUGGAAGAUGCUAUCAUGUCCUGGGUUGGAACAGCAGAAAAAUAUGGAUUGAAACUUGUUGAGCUACCGAUAUCUGAAGCAUCAUCCAUCGUGGAAAGACAGGUAUUCCGGCGGCCGUAUCCCAUUAAACUAAAAGUCAACCCUCCCGAAGUCAAUGCAACGACGUUACCCACUGCAACGUCGUUUACUUCGCAGGCAGUACCUGACCGCUAUUUAUACCAAAGGGCAAUUUUGAAAAAAUUUGAUUUUGUCCUAGAUUUUGAAGCCAAAGAUUCAUUUCCCCCUGACGUGGACGUCUUUUACAGUUGGGGCAGACCCAGCUAUCAAUUCCCCCAAUAUGUUCACCGCAGCGGAGCGGCUCUUGCUCAAAUCACUGAUGAAGGCCAUUUUCUUCUUCUCUCCAACCGUUUCUACAACAGCCACAGCCCAGUGAAUUUUAAAGAUCCUAGCCGAUUCGAUCGCUCCUCGGAGUAUUUUCCACGUGCUAGAGCAGUGACACUCGAUCCACUCGAUCGUCGUUCUCCGCUGGCUCCACCAGUCGUUCGGCCCAUCCCUGGAGGAGACAGUUUAGGGAUUUUCAGCCCACCACCCCCUGUCCCCAUAAAGGAGGGGGUGCGAAACUCCUACUACGUUACACGCCAGAUCAAAGAUGAAAUGCGUGCGUUCUGCUCUAACGUUGAAAAGCUUGAAGCGUUUUAUGCCGAGGUCACAGCGUCGAAAAGUAAACCGACGGCCAUACCACCAUCGACAUCGGUAAAGGUAAGCCCGACUGUGCCGACGACAAUGGAUGCGUCGAUACCGUCCUUGGAGCUACCAGCUAGUAUCGUUGCUAGGAACCUGCAUUUGCCCGCACCGGCCUCUCUGGCACCAACGAAGGUGACGGGUGAGAUUCCUCAAGUCUCCGGAUCGAUCGAUGCCGUGGUCAGGAGUGCCAGCAUUUCCAGCCCGGUACAGCGUGCCUCGAAGCGUUAA